UAUUGGCUCUAUCGAUAUGGACUGUAUCGAUGUGAGCCUAGAGUUUUUACUCAGCUCUAACAAUAUAUAAAUUUAUUAUUCAAAAUUGAACAAAUUGUGGCAAUGAUUUCAAAAUUUGGGACCAGAUACAGGUCCUUGGUUCAAAAUUGUUCGCCUCUGCUUGUUGGAAGAUGUACUUACUAUAAUGUUUGCUCCCAAACACAGAAACCGUUAGAUAAUCGCGAAGGACCUCUCCCACACUUGCUUGGCAGGCCUGUAUUUUUGAAUCAAAAGAGAUAUCUGCCCCUGGAAGUUAUUAUUGUGGUACAUGAACCAAACCGAUUUUAUAUCGAGGUAAACGACAGAGAGGCUGAACUGGCGUAUACAAUCCGUGAUGGAGUAAUGACAAUACACCACACCACCGUUCCCAAGGAGCUUGGAGGCCUAGGACUCGGAAAAACUUUGGCUAAGGCAGCUCUGGACUUUGCGAUGAUGAAUGCCUAUUUUUUGGAUAUACGAUGUGCUUUUGUUUUGGACUAUCUUAACAAGAAUUUGCCCCACUACGCUAGGUACUUAAUACAAUAAGCUCUAUUUUAUGAAAUAGACAUAAUAAAAUGUAUAUAUUCUUUUUAAAACAUUUAAA